UGUCGGUCCGUCUCACUCGACCUCCACUGUUGCCUUCCGCUCGGUCGUGACAAAUGAUCCCUACUAGCUUUCAUCGACAAACCCUCGGACGACAAUAACUCGACCUAAUCCACCACGUCCAUGGCAGCUAUCCUUUUCUCUCUUAGUAACCCCACCACUCUUUAAAAAUUCCGCCUAAAAAGAAAAAGCGUUCUGUCCCCUCAUUUGGGUUUUCAGCAGACGUGUACAACAACUAUCCCGAGGAUCUAGGGGCAGCUCUAUACCGAGAGCCAUUUGACUUCAACGCCGAGCCACCUUGGGAUCCUAGCUGAUAGUGGAGGAGUUCAUCCCAGGACUCAUCCAUUUUGUUGCAUAAGUCUAGGACCCCAGGGGCUCGAGAGGGAGCGAGCAAGACCACUUUGGACUAGCCACAUUCUUUAUGCCUGUCGGAUUAGAAGAAAACGGUUGAGAGGAUGAAAGGAAUCACUGAUGAACCACAGUAUUCUGUCGGUCUACUGGAGGGAGGAACGGCCCUCUGUGACGUGAUUGACAAUCACAUUUAUGAACAAACUCUGUCUGAGAAGAAUGCAUUCUUUGUAGCAGACCUGGGAAUUAUAAUGAGGCAGCAUGUUCGCUGGCGAACCCACAUGGCCCAAAUUCGACCCUACUACGCUGUUAGAUGCAACAGCAGUCCAACUGUUAUUGAAGUUCUUGCUGCCCUUGGCACUGGAUUCAUUUGCACCAACAAGUCUGAGCUUGAGCUAGUACAAAGCCACGGUAUUCCCUCAGAAGACAUCAUCUACAGCGGUGUUUGCAAACAAGUCUCCCAGAUUAAAUACGCUGCUAAGAACGGCAUUGACCUCCUGGUGUGUGAUAAUGAAGCGGAGCUUCGCAAGAUUUCUCGCUGCCACCCCAAUGCCAAGCUGCUGCUACAGGUUUCAACAGAAGCAUCUAGCCAGGACGAUGAGAUGAGCAUGACAUUUGGCUGCUCCCUCAAGGACUGCAGGCAUCUGCUGGAGAAGGCAAAGGAGUUGGGUGUGCAGGUGGUUGGAGUCAGAUCUCACAUUUCCAGCUCCUGUAAGGAUGACCAGGUGUACAUCCAUGCCAUAUCUGAUGCCCGUUGUGUCUUUGAUAUGGGAGAGGAAAUUGGUUUCAACAUGAAAAUCCUAGAUAUCGGCAGUGGCUUCAGUGGCUCUGAGACGCAGCUGGAACUGAUCAAUAGCACAGUCAUGUCUAUGGUGGACCUGUAUUUCCCUUCUUCUACUGGAGUUUCCAUCAUUGCGGAGCCUGGCAGCUUCUUCGUGUCCUCUGCUUUCACUCUGGCUGUGAACGUCAUCUCCAAGGAGGUGGUGGCACGUGAUCGGCAGGACCAGGCACAUGAUGAUCCAUCCCCCAACGAUGAGCCAGAGUUCCAGUACUACAUGAACGAGGGAGUGUAUGGGUCAUUUGCCAGCAAACUCUCUGAAACACUGAUCGCUGCUCCAUCUGUUCACAAGCAGAACACGGCCCUGAAUGCUCCAGUGUUUGGCAGCAGCCUGUGGGGUCCCUCUGGGGAUGACCUGGACCAGGUAGUGGAGCACUGUCUGUUGCCUGAGCUCAACAUCGGAGACUGGCUCAUGUUUACCCAAGCAGGAGCAUACAGUCUGGGUCAGCCCCUCUGCACCGCCACUGACUCCCCUUCACCCCCUGUAUACUAUGUCAUCUCCUCUAGGGACUGGUUUGAGAUGCAGGACACUGGUGUCACCCAUGAGGCUACAUUGAAGAACUUCUCAUUGGUCCCUUAUUUCCUCAAUUCCUGCCAAACAGAGGCUGCCCUGUCUGUCCCAGCUUAGCAAUCAUCAGACCAGGAAGACUUUAACCUUUUCUUUACUGAUUUCUGCUGCUAGCUUCCUCUGGCCUACAUUCCACCGGGAUGAACAGUGCAGAUAAUGCUUGAAAUUGCUGGGACCAGACUGAAUUCAUCUCAAAACCCCAACGUAAAGUAUUGUAAGUGAUUAAACCCAGAAAACCCAAGUAGAUGUUCAUUUGUAUGCAACAAAAUGGAUGAGCUCCGACAAGAGAUGCAUUCUUCCCUCUGCUUUGGGCAUCCCAUGGCACUAUAGUUCACACUCAUACAGUAGACAUAUAAUUAUUUUAAAUGAUUAUAUUUGACAAAUGUAUUAUCUAUAUAUUCAAUGCUGUUGCCAGUCUUGUAAAGUAAGAUAUGUAUCCCUGAGUGAAGCAGUGUAUUUAAACAGAAACACAGUUCUGAGGUGUUGUAGGCUACUAUGCUACAAGAUGUGUAUUUAUGAUUUUAAUUGGUUGUAUAGAUUAUUUUGUGUGAUUUUUGAUUUUAUUAUUACAUUUCAAAUCUGUCGUCCUUCUCAGUGUUUUUGAAAUGGAAACUUGCAUAUGGAGGUGCAUUUACUCAUCUGUGUGAUCAGUGUGCAUGAAAUCCACUCCUGGAACAAUGAUUAGUGCAGUCUGCCCUGGUGUGGUUGGGAAGCUAAUGGUUCAGUGUUCACCAGUAAACUGGUGUUUCAGUGUUUUUCUAAAGAGCUGAGUAGCUCACUUGGACCAGCAGGUAGCUGCUAUGCCACAACAUAGCAAAGCAGGUUCAUUACACAGCAUGUGCCGCAGAUGGAACAAGGGAAGUGUUGAUGGAUAAUGAAUCAGCUGACAUGGAAAUAUGGGGACUUUUAAAAAAAAAAAAAAACAUUUAUAAUGCUAGAACCCUUACUUUUUGCUCUCACUAUUUGUACUGAAUUUGUUUGAAAAUGCUUUUUCAACAUUUCUGACUGUGUUGGAAGAAUAUUAUUUCCCAACUGUGGAAGUAUACUUGCAAGGUAUAUCAUAUCUGUGAAAUUUUCUCCCCAUCUGUGUCUAAGGCAUGAUGACUCAUCGGGCAUUUGCCUGUUAAAAACAUGUAUCUGUGCUCAACAUGUAAUAAACACCUCAUUAACUGGACUGUGAA